AUGGUUGGACGUCGGCCGGUUCAGGAGGGCGAUGUGCGUCUGGUGGGGGGGCGGCGGCCAUCAGAGGGCCGGGUGGAGGUGUUCCACGACAGCGACUGGGGGACGGUGUGUGACGACAACUGGGGCAUGGAGGAGGCUCGAGUGGUGUGCACUCAGCUGGGGUUCCGAGGUGCUCUCUCCGCAGAAGUGGGGGGGACGUUCCCAUCACGCGCUGCUGGAAGUAUAUGGCUGGAUGACCUUGAAUGCAAAGGCAGUGAGAAUUCAUUGAGUAGCUGCACGUUUAAGGGCUGGGGAGUGAAUGACUGCUCCCAUGCAGAGGAUGCUGGUGUGGUGUGUGACAUUGAUACGGCUUUGAACAUUGAAAGUUACUCACUGGACCACAACAUUAAUGAGCUGUCUAUCCAGAUGGGAGAGCUGUUUGACAGUGGCACAGGCUGUGACGUCACCCUCACGUUUUCUUACCCAGUGAAGGAUUCUCUGGAGCUGGAGACACAGGAGGGACAGGGCCCUGAUGAAAACAUCACCAAGGAGAGCAUAUGUGUUCAUAGCCUUGUUCUCUCACUCUUCCCAAACAUCGUCAUUUCAAACUCAAGCCAUGACAUGCAGAUCAGCUCAAACUGCCAGCAUUACGUUCGGGACUUUGUACGGUAUGUUAUCUGCCAUUUUACCGCCACAGUAGCACCAUAUUUCUUUUAUUUCUUAUACCUCUACAUGCGGAAGAUAACGGUCAACUCUGGCUCCAUGCAGUGCCUUCAUCAGCUGGCUUCAGAGUUUGGUGCAGAGCGCCUGCUCGAGGAGAUAGGACACCUCUUUGUGCCCCUGUUGCCUGAAGAUUCCUCCUUCCGCACACAGGUGGCGCUGUUCAAGUACGCAGGCCGGGCUGGUGAUAAUCAGCUUUGUGAGAACGUGUUGCGCUACUUGGGCUGGAACAUGGAGCCGCUGGUGUCUUCAGCCCAGUGGAAGAAUGUACCAGAGGCCCUUGUGAAGGUUCUGAUGGUCCGCUCAGACCUGGUGGUCCCAGAUGAGGCCUGGUUGCUGGGGGCACUGGAUGCCUGGAUGCUGGAACAAGGAGAAUCGUUGAAGCCUGAGCAUCAAGCAGCUCUGCUGGCCCAGCUGCGUUUCCCCAUGAUGACCCCAGAGAAACUCUAUGAGCUGCCCUUCACCUCUCGCCUCUACAGCAGCCACAAAGAGGUCUUCCAAAAUGGAAUGCUGCUGGGGUUCCAGUUCCAUGCUCUGGACUUUUCUACCCUGACCAGACACAUGGACAAUCAGAGUGAGCUGCUUCAGCCCAGAAUCUACACUGCCAGUCCCUGGAGUGUCAGCUUCAAUGUCACAAUGUAUGGUGGAUAUGGUCCAUAUGGUUUAUGCAAUAAACACAGCAGGUAUGUUGUACACAACAGGGAUUGUUACAAGUCAUUACUUACCCCAGUGCCCCUAUCCUCUACUAAUUCAUCCAAGAAUUUUCCAUGGACAGCAGAAAUCUUUGCAUCAGAAAAUGUAGGCUGCAAUGAUUAUAUUAGCAACAAUUGCAAAUAUUUCUCUGGCCGCCUCUCAAUGAAUAUCCAUCUGGGACAACAUGAGGGCAAAUUCAAGUUCAGCAACCAACUACUGAUGGCCUGUGGAGAAAACUAUGUCUUCCAUGUGCAGGAGUUUAAGAACAAUACGGCAAGCUUCUCAAGAAGCAGCAUGGCCAUCCCAAUCCCUUGUCCAGAUGACCUCUCCUACAUUUUUGUUGUCCGUCCUCAAUACACCUGAGGUGACCAGUCAAGAGGGUGCUUUCCUAAUUCCCGAAGACGGUAAAUAAUAUGCUGAACACAUAUCCUCAAGGCUGCUUUGGUUUUUAAAAAAGCAAGAUUUUUUUCAUGGUUUGUGGGACUAUCACAAAAUGUAGGCAAACUUAUUUAAAUCAUUUAACAAAGGUGUCAUUUUUCAUUGAUUGACAUUGUAAUUCAGAGGCAGCCUCUUCAUUUUCUCUCCUCUCACUGGUGCGUACCAUAAAAAGCACUUCAAGAAAGCUGGUCAGUUGGUUAGUGAUGUAAUGAUUUUUGGGUAAAAACUGAUUUGUACUGAUCUUUAUGGAUAUGCACUGUCUGCUGUUAUGUGUAUCAUCAAAAAAAGAGAAAUGUAUGAAAUCUGAAUGCACUCGCUGAGUUAUUAAGCUAAUGUACUCCUCAUGUUCUUCUUUUUUGUCUUAGUGGUAAAAUGUAAUUGCUUUUGUCACUACUUGUAUUAGUAUUUGAUUCUACUUUUAAAGCCCCCUUAUUGUCACAUGUCACUGUCACUGUUGUUCACUGCAAUAAAAAAUGUGUUCACUGCAAUAAAAAUGGUCUGUCAUGAGGAUGUAUUGCUUCAACAUUCAUUGCCCUGUUUCAUUGGAAGGCAUUUGAGUGCCGCCUCAUUUCAAUGUUUAAAGUUCUCUGAUAUGUUAGUUUGCUAUUUUGAUAAUUGUUUUUCUGACGACUGUGAUCAUCCUCAUUUAUGCAUGCAUGGAGACUUGGCUGCUCGCUCCGCUGUAGUGGAUCGCCACCUGGUGAUGAAGUGGUGAAGUGCCAUUGCCUAUUUCAGAGGCUAUUCAUGUGCCAAUAAUGACAUGUUGUUUGGAUAAACGUUACUAGUGUGCCGCAGCACAGUGGUUGGGAAGCACUGACGUAAAAGAUACAAAAGUUAUUUCAUAUCACUACAUGUCUGGGGUGAAUAAAUGGUUACUACAAUGACUCGAUGUUGUGUAAUAGCCUUUCAUUCAUUAACAUUAAUGAACUGAGCAGAGAAAUUAUUUCUGUUUCUGUGCUCAGUGGUUUCUGUGCUCAGUUCAAAUGUUAAUGAAUAAAUUGUAUUCAUUUUUAAAGUUUCAAGUGAGUU